UUGACGUUUCAGGUGGAUCGGUCGUCCGGGGCGAACGAGUCAGCGUCUUCGAGUCUGGCUGAGGUUUGUUCGGUUGGAUAGGUCGAACCGGAGUAGAGACUCGUUUGCGGUGAGCAGGCAGUUCACCCUUUCGGUCGGUCGGCUAGGUAGGGCGACUGGUGUUCCAUUCGGUAGAACAGGUCGACCGAGGCUAAGUUCGGUUUGGUGUAGGAGUCGGUCGGUUGGAGCGGGCUAGUGAUCCGAUGUCGGGUGAUACGUCCGAAAGUUCGAGUCACGAAGUGGACUUGGGGGACGAGUAUGAGCGUGCCCCCACUAUGGUGGUAAUGCCUGAAGGGGAUGUUCCGGUCGGUGUGCCGACCGGAGUUAGUGUGGCUGCUCCAGGGUCGAGUGGAGCUGGGCUGAGUGGAGCUGGGCCGAGUGGAGCUGGGCCGAGUGGCGCGGGUCGGUAUGGUAGGAGUGGGGAAGACUCCGGAGCUGACAGACCCUCUACGUCCGGUAGUAGCUCUGAAGAGGGGCCGAGCCAGCAGGGUAGUGGGAUUCUAACUAGGGACUAUCCGCCCGUGCUGAGGGAUAGUGACGUGUGGCGCCUCCGUACCCUGUAUCAUAUUCCUGUUUCUGUUAAGGUUCAGGCCCCACGGUCGUACGAGCGUGUUGAUUGGGAGGCUGAAGGUUGGGUCUGCGUAUAUGAGAAGUGGUUCCACGAUGGGUUGAGGUUGCCUGUGCCUCGCCUAGUCUGGGAGGUGCUGAAUCAUUUCAUUAUCGCCCCUUCCCAGCUUAUGCCGAACGCCUGGAGGCUGUUGAUGGCUUUGGAGGAUCUGUGUGUUCGGCAUCAGAUUGUGUUUGGGUUGCACGAGCUGCUGUACUCGUACUUCCUGAAGGAGAACGAUAAGGAGAAGGGUCGAUAUCUACUGAACUUGAGGCACGAUAGGUCUCAUCUGGUGACCGACCUGCGGUCCAGUGACAAAAACUGGAAAGACCGUUACUUUUUUUUGAAGGGUCAGGCCGUCUUUGGAGAUAGGGGCAUGGGCGAGAUCCCGAUCGGGUGGCGAGCCACUGAGCUCGAUUUCAAUCGCGCUGGGCAGAGCGGGGACGGCUUGGACGUAGCUACCCAGAGGGUGUUAGCCAUCCCAUUGGAGCAGAGGGAUUGGCGAGUGGUGCUAGCAGAGUCCAAUCUGAGGAGCAGUAUUCUUUGGGCCGGUGUAGAGGCUAUUCAGAGAGAGUCGCUCAUGAAGAAAUUGACUGUCCCGAGCGCGAGCGAAUCCAUCGCCAGGCGUCGAGAGAAGAGGAAAAGGGAGUCGUUGGUGAGAGCGGAUGUAAGGGUCGAGGAUGUACUGGUGACGCCGCCCAGUCGGCAGCCACCGAGUCAGCAGCCCUCGUCGGGAGUCGGGUCGUCCCAGGCUGCCGUUGUGGAUGAGGAGGCCGGGACUAUCACUAUCACGAUUCCGGCUACUGCGUCGACUUACUCGGACGCAACAUCAAUGAGUAAGAUGGCCGACUCCUUCUUAUUCCCCGCGGACGAGGCGCGUCUGAACCAGAUGGGUGCGGUUGCUGCCGCUGACUGGGGCGUAUCCCGCGCUGUUCAGGUACUCACUAGCAGUCUCCAUCUGAGGAGGUCUGUCGUGGCGCAAGAAAAGCGAAUACAAGAUAUAUCCAAGGCCAACGUUGGUUUGCGUCAAAAGGAGGUAGCAUCCCGGAAGGCUGAGCAGGAGAGUCAGCAGCGCCUCCGGGAUAGUGAGGCUGAGGUCGAGAGACUGCGUCGUGAGUUAGCCGAGAGGACCACGGAGGUCGAAUCCCUCAGGGAGCAGUGCAUCUCUAUUGCUGAUGACGCCAUUAUUAAGGCCCGAGGCGAACUCAUGUUGGAGUUUAAAGAGGGGCGGACGUCUCAUUGGGAUCCGGAUGAAGACAUUUUGCUCAUGCAGGAGUUAUUGGAAGAGGAGAUUGGUCAUCCGGUGGGGCAGGGCGAGGAGCAGGCGCCUGAGCUCAGUCAGCCAGGCGUUGGGGACGAGAGCGGUCCGGCUCCGGGGCCGAGCACUAGUGGUGUAUGCCAGGCAACCGACUUGACGGAGGACGAGACUCAUGCCGAGGAUGCUUAG